UCUAAUCACUGACCGUAGCUUCGCAAAGAAGCACAGGCUUCUUAACCUGUACCAGCAAAUUUCCAAUGGCGCUCUACACCUCCAAUCUAAUCUCGACCCCUGUAAUCCCUCCCGCCAAAUCCAACAAUCUUAUCCUGCGCACCGCCUCCCUUAUCCUAGGCCGCCGUUCCCCUGCACCUUCUUCCCCCACUCUCUCAGUAAAACCCAUCUGCCAAUCUGCUUUCGCAAACCCUCUCAGAGCCUCACCGCCCCGGCAGUACGUGUACCCCGACCCCAUCCCCGAAUUCGCUGAAGCUGAGACCCAGAAGUUCAGGGCUGAGCUUCUGAGGAAGCUUUUGAAGGACAAGGACACGUUCGGUGAUGAACUUGAUGCGGUCAUAGAUGUCUGUGCAGAGGCGUGUGCAGAGAUGUGGCUUUUGACUAGCUGAAUUGGUUGAAAUUUUGGAGAAGCCAUAGGUGAUACAUGGCAACGGCAAUAGCACUUACAUCUGGGAAGUGAGAAAGACUGGAAGAGAUUGGGGGAAAAAUUAAGUUUUGAUCUUUAUCUUAAAUGUGUUCUGAGAUAAAAGAUUGUAGAGAUUAUACACAAGCAGUCAGCUUUCCACAAAGAUAUUCUGCAGUAUGUGAUGGAAUAUCUUAGUUAUUGAUCAGUAAUCAUUCAAUAUGCGAGUAUGAUAGUGGUUCGAAUAAUGAUGUUUAUGUUGGUGGCAGGCUAAGGCUAAGGCAAAUGAUUAGUUAAGCACAUCCUAUGAACAUGAAGCUUGAGUAUGUAGGUGGAUCAAUCAGCUUAAGAGAGAAAUUUUCAGAUUCUUUGCUAAUAGUAUAGUCGUUAAUGGUCAUGCUUUAUGGAAAGUAAGCAUUUCCAAUAGGCAUCUUAUCAGUGACAACAAAAUAGCAGAUUGAGAUUUUAAAUUUAUACAAGUUUAUAUUUGGUUGCGUGCACUGUUAAGAAAAAAGUAGAUUCUGUAUCUUCCUUGUGUCAUUUCAAUCACAGAAUCUUAUAUUGUCUUUCUAUUAUAUGUGAUCUCUUAUGGCUACUUGGCCAAAAAAUUCUUAUGGCUAAUGGAGAAUGCUGGUCAUCAUCAUUCAUCAGCAUAUGAACCAUAAUCAGAAUUUUCUAGUGAUGGCAGCUUGCUUAAAUCACACUGCCCCUAGUCUCAGCUGGGAUAGUUUUCACGGUACUGAUUCUGCUGAAAUAAGCAAGCAUUUAUUCCCUUUCUUUUCUCUUAGGAAGCUUGGCUUUUGCUUGACUUGAAAAUAGUUCAAAGCUUUUCCAAUAGGCGUUUUACUGGUAACAACAAAAUAGAGGAUUAAGAUGUGAAAUUGACUCUAAUUUAUGUUUUGGUUGGGUGCACUAUUGAGGAAAAAGUAGAUUUUGUAUCUUCCUUUUGUCGUUUCAUCACAGAAUUUUAAUGUCUUUCUGUUAUAUGGGGUCUCUUAUUGCUAUUUAAGAAAAUAUUUCUUAUGGCUAAUGGAGAAAGCUGGUGAUCAUCAUUCAUCAGCAUAUGAACCAUAAUCUGAAUUUUCAAGUCAUCACAGAUUGCUUAAAUCGCACUGCUCCAAAUCUCAGUUGGGAUAGUUUUCACGGUUUUGAUUCUGCUGAAAGAAGCAAGCAUAUAUUCCCUUUCUUUUCUCUUAGGGGGGCCUUGCUUUUGCUCAAACUUGAAAAUCGUUCAAUUAUUGACUCCAAAAAGAGAAAUCUGACCUAACUACAAAAUCAGCACUAUUUUCCAGACAGCUUCCAUCAGAUUGUUCUAACUUUAUGUGCACGUUUGGCCCAAUACUGGCAAUGUUUUGUCAUAUUACCUCUACUGUAUGUGUUAUGCUUUGAGCUGAGAGUGAAAGAUCCAAAAUGUCCAAGUUGAUUUUUCUUGUGAAUUAGCUGGUGUAACUAGUGUAAAU